UAAUGAAUUCCACAAAUAUUACUAAAGUUGCAAACGUUGACCCUUGACAAUAUUACUAAAGUUGCUAACUAAUAAAAAUCUCCGGUUUAACCGUUCUGCUUAACAAUUAAAACUGCCGGUGAAUUGAUUUCAUAGUACACCACCCGGCCAGCCAGUCUGAUGAGUAGGAGCCAAGGAGAAACGGAGUAUUACUCGAAUGAUUUUGAUUGGGAGGAGCUGCGGGAACGCGUUUACAACGAUCCCACACACUCCCAUCAUCUUCUCCCUUUCACCACCACCGCCACCACUCAUCAUUCCGCUGAUAAUGAUGAUUCUUGGAAUCACUUUCACGCUCGUCACUCUACCGGCAAAUUCUUUAAGGAGAGACGGUAUUUGUUCAAGGAAUUCCCCGAACUAGCAACUCCUUGUGAAGAGGGGUAUUCUAAGGUAUUAGAAAUUGGGUGUGGUAAUGGAAGUACUGCUCUACCAAUCUUACGUUGCAAAGAGAACGUCAUUGUAUACGCAUGUGAUUGUAGUACAGAGGCGCUUGAGAGGUCAACUGAAAACAUAAAUGCUUCCAAUGUGGUUUCAGCUAAAACCCGUUUUCAUCCAUUCUGCUGGGAUUUUUCUACUUCUCCGCUCCCAAAGUGGCUGCUAUGUGAUUCUUGCUAUGAAACAUCUCUACAAAAGCAGAAUAUGUUUCUUACAGGCUUUGACUGUAAUGAGAGAAAUAUUACUGAUAUAACUUCACUGAAGGAAAGUGAGUGCUGUAUUGGUGGUGUGGAUUUCAUUACAUUGAUUUUUACACUCUCAGCUGUACCAUUUGAUAGGAUGUCUAUGGCUGUUGCUGAGUGCUUCUCUGUUCUAAAACCUGGUGGACUGCUCUUCUUCAGGGAUUAUGGUCUUUAUGACAUGACCAUGCUUCGAUUUGAGCCUGAACAAAGAGUGGGAUUUAGGGAAUACAAACGUUCGGAUGGUACCCGUUCGUAUUUCUUUUCUUUGGAUUGUGCACGAGAUUUCUUUCUAGGUGUUGGCUUCAUAGAGGUUGAGCUUGAUUAUUGCUGCGUGAAGUCAGUGAAUCGACGUAAACAGAAGACGAUGCAUAGGGUCUGGGUUCAUGGGAAGUUCCAAAAACCCAUAAAACAUCCGGCAAACCUUGGUCAUGGUUAAGGUCAGCAUAUGAGAUCGUGGUAACGAUCAAGCAAUUGAAGAAUUAUUAUAUAAGUGAUAUAGUAGGUGUAAUGAGUUAAGUGCAUGGUUAAAGACCACAGAAUCAGACACAAUAUGUACAUACCCCAUCUGUGGAGUGCGUCCGAGUCCAUUCUCCAAAAGGCUCCUCCUGUUAUACAUGCUAGGAAAUGUUGAGCCGACCCUCUGGUCGUUUGUCGUGGUAAAGCUUGUACGUGUUGCAUGGAUAGUGGUUAAUCCGAUCCUAAGAAGCAAAGAGAAGCAAAGUACAACCUUUAGAUGCAUUUUCUGCAUUUUGCUCUUUCAGGCAGAGGAAUGAAAACAAAUAAUGAGGUAGCAUAUGGCAAGUUUGUUUCUUAUAUAUAGACGCACAUUUAUUUAUUUACAAGGAUUUAUUUA